UGAAAAAAUACGUCGUCUUGCGGUGGGUACGCGCCGAUGGCAGCCAUAUUGCGCACUCAGAUUUAAAAUCUCACCCAAUCGAAGGGCUAAAACAAUUAAUUCUAGCUUUUGUGGAUAUUGUGUCGAAGCUCUGAUGUCUGCUCUAGGACGUAGAGUGGUUAUUUUAUGAGUGUGUGACCAGGAACGACCCGUAUGAGGCAUCGCUCGCCACCUAUGAGGACCCCAAUUCAUCGCUGUCUCGCUUCGCAAUGAGCCUACCUCAGAAGUCAAAAUACCCUGGGGUUUCGCCAAACAUAGCGCAGCAGUCAAGAGGACCUCACACGUAUCCUUUUCGCGGAUUUGGCACCCGGAUCUACCAGCAGUGUGUGGAGGAGUCGACCAAAGAAGACUACAGAUUGCAGCACGCCUACCCACUACAGAGAGGGGGCGUGGGUAGCGCUGGCGGGGCUCAUGAGAUGAAUAAGCAGGCGCUGGGUCAGCAGCCUCCCCCACCAGGUGGGCUGUACCUGGCCCAGGGUCCCUCGCCCCUGGGACAGGGUCCCCCCCAGCAGCCUCCUCAGCCUCAGCACCCCGGCGCCAUGCACGUGGGUCAGGCCUACUACCAGGCCAGGCAGCCUCAGCAGGGGCCUCCACAGCCUCCUAACCCACAAGCAGCACCACCACAGGUACAGGUGGGGCCCCAGCAAGUGGGCGCUGGGGGCGGACGCGGUCCUGGCGGUGGUGGGCCCCCUGCUAUGGGCCGACCGCCUCCCCUGGCGCAGGCGGCACAGCUAGCCCUGAGCCCUCUAGGCACGCCCCCUGGUGCACCCCCCCAGACCCCCGUGGCGGCAGCCGGCUACCCUGGUGCUCUGAUGCCGAACUUUGCCAACCAGGCAGCGGGGUACCCGGCACCACAACACAUGUCCCAACAACCAAUCAUAUUGGGCAACUGCAUGCCGUACUCUCAGCGGCCUGGCCAGUUCAGUCCGGCACCGCAGUUCGUAUAUCACCAACCGACAUAUCUGCCAGCCCAACCAGCCACGCAGAUGUUCUACAACACGCAAGGUAUGGUUUCCGUGUCCCUACCGGCUAGUGGUGGGCCGCCCCAGGUGCAGGCACCCAGAGGGCAGCAAGCCUACCAGCAAGGUGCCUCGCAGCUUCAGCCGCGGCCGCGGUGUAUCAUCGAGAUCAAGGACCCCGUCACGGGCAGGAACGUCCUCGAAGAUCUCAAAUCGACCCCUGACGAGACUGCGCCGGAGCAGUCAUCGGGUGCCAGUGACAUUGCUGGCGUGUUUGCCGCUCAGGUGGCUGCCGCUGCCGCCGCUUCCUCGUCGGGUCCACCGCAGACCAAAGUCUCCCUGCCGCCGGUGCUAGAACCCCCUCCUCCGCCGCCUCUCGUUGAAGAGGUCAGCCCCCACGAAGAGGAAGUCACUGCCCCAGUCGAGGAGAGGCGAGAGGCUUGUGCUUCUCCAACACCACCUCCAACGGUGGCAUCUACUGCGCUGCCGACAGAGCUUCGAGGAGUGGAAGUGGCACCAACGCAGGUUGUUUCUACAGAGACGGCGGAACCCAGCUUGGCUCCUUACGGCCAGCGUUUGCUCGCGGAAGAAGUGGUGGACACACAAAACAAUGCUGAUGCCUCGGCAGAGGGAAGGACGCCUGUGGUUGUGGAAGAGGUAGCCCCAGCGGCAGUAGUGACGCGUGCUGCCAAGAAGGACGCUGAAGAAACGCCGGCUGUGCCUUCCAAAACACCCACUUCUGUGGCACCGUCGCACCGUCGACAGAAGCUGUGCGAGAGACGACAGAUGAAAGCCGGAUUGCGCGUGGCUUACGGUAUGGUCAAGGGGAAGAGGACGAAGAAGGGUGGUGAUUGCUGCACGUGUCGCUCACGCGGUGCCAGCCGGGCGGAGGGGUAUCCCCCCCGGGCAGCAGCACGGAGCCCGCCGGGAUACCGGGGAGCGGCCGGCGGUGGCUACGCCGCCGGCCGGCCAAGGCUGCAGCGGCCCUCAACACCGCCGUCGCGCCCCAGUCACGCCCUCGCCCUGCGGAGGCUGCUGAGGCCGCGCAUACCGCAGUGUGCACCGGCCGACCUGCCACCGCCGAUGCUGCCGUCCUACGAACCGUUCUUGCUUCCGCGCAUUCUACUGCCCAUGACAGCCAACCAGAUCGCCAGCCAUGGUCACAGAGGCUGCCGCUGGCUUCAUCGGCCCGCUGCCGCUUGGCACGCCGACGACCGACCCUCCUGCCGUUUUGCCCAGCGUUCUGAGUCGCCUCCUCCGCGGUCGCCGUCGGGCUGUGUGCGAGUCGUCCGCGGGUCUUGGUGCGAAGAUAAGCGGGUUUUCCUUCGACGCCAUCGUGAUGCCGCGACCCUCGGUUCUUCGGCCGGGCGCCUGUUUGUCGCGAGGGAGAGCAGGAAAUCUGCCAAGAAGAAGAAGAUGAAAGAGUGGAACAAGAAGGGGGAGAACAAGGAGGGUGGUGACAUGGAUGCCUUUGUCGACAAGGAGGAGCAGUCGGCAGCCCAGCAAAGUGUGGCAGCCGCUGUGGCUCCUGAGGCCCCAGCCAGGACACCCACACCCCCGAUGAGGCUCAGCCCUGCACCGCCAGCGUCUGUUGCAGCCCCGGCGGUUGCGGCAGCCACACCUGCUGCCGCCGGCCCCACGUCUCCUCCUGCUGCAGAGCCGGCCCCCACUGUACCGGAACCUGCUCCGGCCACCACGCCCACAUCACCUGACCAGACUGACUCCUCGGCUGGCGAGGAUGAGCAGCACAGGAAGGCUGAACGCUGUUGGGCAGGCCGCUUCGUUCAGCCUGCCCAACCUGGUCGUCUUCAAGGACCCCGAGCACAAGCCCAACCUGGACGUCUCAAGGACCCCGAGCACAAGCAAGAGGCUAUCAUCUUGCUUGUGCUCGCAGCGUUCACAUACGAAUCUUCGGCCGUUCACUUUGCCAGUGUUUCAGCCAGCAAACUUGAGCUCCCUGCCGCCACGAGCGACGGACUGGAGAAGGGCGAUGCGGAAGCCAUUGAGAACGUGUCAGAGGCCCCGACAUCUUGUCCGGCAGAGGACAUAGAAGACGGAGAAGUGAGCGAAGAGGUCGCAGAGGAAAAUGAGGAGGAGAAUGGCAGCAAGGAGAGCGGGGAUGCCAAGGGCCCCGUGCUCAAGUACAGCUAUCGCGAGGACCAGUGGAGCCCCCUGAACCCGGAAGGGCGCAAGCAGUACGAUCGGCAGUUCUUGCUCAUGCUCCAGGGAGAGCCCAUGUCCCUGAAGAAGCCGUUCGGCCUGCCCAACCUGGAUGUCAUCAAGGACACGGCUAUGCAGCACAAGCUUCCAGACGUUCCGCGAGCAGGUGCAUACCAGAGCGGUGGCCAGUCUUCCAUGGGUGGUGGCAGUGGAGCUAUGGGUCGCAGUGCCCACCCCGAGCACUUGUUCAUGCCUCCGUACGCACGCAAUGGCGUGGCACGGCCGCCCCCUGGAUCAGGUGGUGGUGGACCCGGCCGGAGGCAGAGCCAGCCUGGCCGUGGUGGGGACAAGCCCAAGAAGGUGAUCACGCUGUCGAGCUCGCUCAACCAGGAUGUCAAGCUGCAUGCGGCACAGAACGCCUGGAAGCCCUCACACAAGUCUGCCGCCGAAAUCGCGGAUGAGGAGGCUGCGUCAGCCGAGGAGCUGUACCGGCGGGUCCGGGGCAUUCUCAACAAGCUGACACCCCAGAAGUUCCAGUCGCUGGUUGAGCAGGUGCGCAACCUCGAGAUCAACUCUGAGGAGCGCCUCAACAAGGUCAUCGACCUGGUCUUCGAGAAGGCCCUGGAUGAGCCAAAUUUCAGUGUGCCGUAUGCGAACAUGUGCAAGCACCUGGCCAUGUUCGAGGUGCCGAUCGCCAAUGACCCCGAGGGGCGGAUGGUGAACUUCCGUAAGCUGCUGCUGCUCAAGUGCCAGAAGGAGUUCGAGAAGGACACCAGCGACGAUAUCCGCAAGGCGGAGAGGCUCAAAAAGAUUGAGGAGGCCACCAGUGAGGAAGAAAAGGCCAAACUCACAGAGGAGCUCCUCGACGACGAGAAGAGGUCCAAACGGCGCUCUCUAGGCAACAUUCGCUUUAUAGGAGAACUUUACAAUUUGAACAUGCUGACGGCGCCCAUCAUGUUCGACUGCCUACGGCGGCUAAUUAACUCAAAUGAUGAGGACUCCCUGGAGUGCCUCUGCAAGCUCCUCAUCACGAUUGGCAAGGAGCUUGACUCUGCCGCUGCAAAAGGAGCACAGGGUGGUAAGGUGAAUCCUAAAAUGCAGCUGGACGAGUACUUCCGCAAGAUGGAAAACAUCGUCAAGAAGCGGGAAGUCUCUCUCCGGGUCGUCUUCAUGCUGCAGGACGUCAUCGAUCUUCGCCAGAGGAAAUGGAUCCCUCGACGAGACGAAAACAUCCCGAAGACGAUCGACCAGAUUCACGAGGAGGCACAGCGUGAGCAGGUGAACGAGGAGCUUAUGCGAGACAGCAUGCCGCGGCCGAAGCGAGGCGAGGACCGCCGCAAGGGCGGCCGCGCUGGUGGUGGCGGGGGCUUUGAGGACGGCUGGAACACGGUGCCCACCAAGAAGCACGUGGAUUUCAACAAGCUCAAGCAGAUCAGCACCAAGCAGACGGAGAUGGACACCAUACAGCUGGGGCCUGGCUCUCGCAUGUCCUCCUGGGCCAAGGGCAGCAGUGGCGGCGGCAAGUCGACAAGCCAGGAGCCUGAGGGACGACCGCCUGGUGCCACGAAUCGCUUCUCUGCCCUGGCCGACGCACCGUCCUUUGACUCUCGGCGAGGAGCCCAGCGGUCAACCGCCUCAAGUCGGGAGUCAAGCCGCGGCCGGGGUGGGAGCCAGCAGCAGUCGUCCAUGCCGUCGUCUAUGGGCGCACGCAAGACACCGUCGCAGUCACGCGAGAGAGAUGCCGCUCUGGCAGCGGUCAAGAACAUCACUUCGUCCAAUGCCCCUUCAUCGGCGGCGGCGCCAAACGCUUCUGCGCCAUCUCACGAACCAGAAGCUCGGGAAGAGAAGUCUCGGGAGCCGGGCAUGGCCCUUCGUGGCCCAGCCAACAUGGAUGAGGACAUGCUGAUUGCACGGACAGAGGCCCUGGUGGACCAGUUCCUGUGCAACAGCGACCUGCAGGACGCGGUGCAGAACGUGGUGGAGCUUGCGUCGCCAGGCAACGUGCACCAGUUUGUGUCUACAGCCAUCACGCACACGCUAGACCGCAACACCGAGGCCCGCCGACUCACUGGCCAACUGCUCAAGGAGCUGCUCAAGCGCAAGGUGUUCUCACUGGACGUCUUCACCAAGGGGCUGCACGAGGUGCUUGCGUUUGGCGAAGACAUGGAGCUGGACAUCCCCAAGGUGUGGGAGUAUGUGGCUGAGCUGGUCUCUCCACUCUUCCUCGACCUGCUGGCCUUGCAGUACCUGCGGGACGCCACUGAGCCCCUGCGCCUCAUCGGACGGGCGGGCCGGCUGGCUGCCUGUGUGCUGGCCUUCCUCGCCAAGACCCUGGGCGAGUCUGCUGUGGUCAACAUGUGGAGGACAGCGGGCCUCCAGUGGAGCCAUUUUCUGAAGCCCGGGGAGGAUGCUGAAGCCUUCGCAAAGGCUAAUGGUGUUGCCUUCACAUUGGGAGGAGUGCCGGCCACUCCGAGCACAGGCAGCGGCGCUCCCGCCGGUCGCACUGAAGGUGGAUCUGUCGCGCCCCCACCUGAGCUGGAGUCCCAGCUCAACUUCCUGAUUCGCACCAAGGGAGCUCCUUCCCCCACCAUCAUUGAAUGGAUUGAGUCCAACCUUGGUGAUGCUCAGACAAAAAAGCCGCCAUUCAUCCGUGCCUUGGUAACUGCCGUAGCAGAGAAUGCCAUCACGCUGCUUGGUGAUGGCAAUGCCGAGCUGAAGGAGGACUUAAUGAAGACGUACACGGACCUCCUACAGAAGUACCUCAACCAUGAUGAGGAGCGCGAAUUACAAGCCCUGUAUGCGUUGCAGGCUCUUGUCAACCGCCUAGAGCACCCAAAAGGCAUUCUGGUGCAUCUGUUCAAUGCCUUCUACGACUGCGACCUGAUCUCCGAGGACGCCUUCCACCGGUGGUCCCGCAGUGAAGACUUGGCCGAGCAGGAGGGCAAGGGCGUCGCCAUCAAGUCCACCACCUCCUUCUUCACUUGGCUCGCCGAAAUAGACGCAGAAUCGGGCGACGACAACUGAGUUCGCAGCAGUUGCCACAGCCUGCCAGCCCCUCUUUGACCACUGCGGACGACAGUGCACGACAGAAGGUGGUCCCAGUCGUGCUCUCUCCCACGCUUCCAGCCGGACAAACAAAAACAAGCACGGCGUCCUCCCUCCCCCGUCGCAUCAACCCAACUCUGAAUCUAUUUUCCGGCGUGGGGGAGGGGCGGAAAAGGGAAAAGCAACUGAGAACUGGCUUUGCAAACACUGGCCGGCCACUGGUGAUACCUUUCCCACUUUCUACACUGUCCUCUUUGCAACUGUCUGCUUUUAGCAAAUUUUUGUUCGCAGCUAGGGGAAGUGUGCUUGCUUUUCCUCUGUCCCUUUCCUCGCUGCCCCUUUCCUUUACUGAUCUUCAGCCAGUGGCCGCCGAGUCGUCUUGUUGGGGCGGGGGGAAAAAAAUUCAGUGUCUGUGAGCGCGACACCGGCUGCAGUCGACGACGACACAUCAGCAGCAGUGAAGGACGUGACUUUUUUUUUUCUUUGUUUUUGGUGACUGUGAACUCUGCAACAAGGACAAGUGAUAAAAGUGACUGAAUACAACAAUGCUUCCCCUUUAUUUUUUUCCUCUCCAUCCUAACCUUUCCCCCUUUCUCUUUUUGAAAGGAUUCUCAGACCGCGGCCUCUCGGUUCCCCAAAUCCCGUUGAACUUUUCCCGAAGAGGUUGGCCUUUUUUCUUUCCUUUUGUGUUUUUUAUAUGGACAGAUUUACAUAUAUAUAUAUUUUUUUCUUUCCACACUAUUUUGCUACGUGCAAAAAGUGUCACCUUACUUUUUCUGUGCGUGACGACGACUCGGAAGCUCUUUUUUAGGAUUGUGGCAACCACUCGGAACUGUUGUUGCGAGUCUUUUUUUUUUCUUUUCAGACUGGAAGCAAAUGUUUCGUGUUCAUUUGCUACAAUCAUGAUUGCUUCUAUUUCUGGGUCUUUGUUUUAACCAACCUUAACUAGACCUACGCAACCUCUCUUGCUCCGUGCAAGUUCGUCUGUUUUGCUUUCUGUGCAAGCAAGCAAGAGGUGUGGGAGGAUUCUCUGCCUGUGCAUACUAGACCUGCGUUUAUAUAUAUGUAUAACAUAUAUAUAUAUAUAUACACACACACACACACACCCACAUAUAUAUAAAUAUGAUAUAUAUAUAUAGGAAUAUAUUUGAAUGCAGGAUCGCAUCUUGCAAAAGAUGGCGGCGCAGCCUAUUUUCUCUGUUCACGAAGUAAGACUGAUGCCAGUAGGGAAGCGUUGCAGAGACAUUUUUCUUUUCCCUCCACUAGGUUUAUUUUCAUAAGUUUUUUCCCUGGGUCAAGUCGUCACCGCGCUUAGACGGCGCUACAAGCUGUGUGGACAACCGGUGAUGAAAAGAGACAGUCUUCCUUGUCAAGACUACUUGACUUUGUUGGGAAGGCUAUGCGAUUUUCAUUUCCUUAUUUAAAUAUAGUGAACAAAGUCUUCUACGGUGAUGGUGGUGUUUGGUGUAAAUGUGAAAAGUUGUAGAAAGGGGGUGUGAAAGAAAAACACACACGAAUCUGUUUUCCACCGAAGAAGUUUUGCGGGCACAGAAAAAAAAAUAUAUGCACACUAUAAAGUAAAAUUCAAAUUGCUCGCAACUUUUCUUUUUAAGCAGGAAGAAUUUUUUUUAUUGUAGGGCCUCGUCCUAUUUUCUUUUUGCCCCCUGUCCUCCCCCCUCCCCGACUACUUUAUUUUUCAUUUUUUUUAGCUAGGAAAAAAAAAUAUUCAAAUUAAGCACUGUUGCUGAUCCUAGAGCUGAGGCUCUUGAGAGUGGUACUGUUUGUAAAGGACUAGAAUUUUUUGGUACAACAAAGUCUCUCUCUGAGGGAACAAAACUUAGAAAAAAAAAAAGGCAAAGGAGACCCGUUUUGGUGCCUUUACAUGUAUUUAAGAUGCAAUUUUUUUCAUUUCGUUAUUUCUUUUGGAAAAAAACUUUUUUGGAGUAUGUGUGGGUGCAUGCACGACUGCAAGAAGGCUUGCAUCAUGUGCAGGGCUGUGUUGAAACUUUGAAGAUUCAACAGAUUUUUUUUUCUUCUUCCCUUAAGUGCAGGUGGUGCACUAGAUAUGUGCGCACAUGCCUUGUGGUUGGGCGAGAGGGAUAUGAAACUUGUAAAUAUAAUGUGGGGAACUGAAGACGUUCCACAUCUAUGAUUUUGAACAGCGUAAAAGGAAAGUGAAAAUUAAGAAUAAACUUUGACUUACAGACUUUA